GUUUUCUGUUUUCACUGUCGUUCUGAUUUCUUGGCCCUUUACUUUUCUUCCUCUUCAUCAAUUACAGUUCCUUCUUGCUGGUUCGAAAAGAGGGGUAUUGUCCUGAUUGCUGGUCUAGGGCUUAGGGCUCUGAAGCUUAAAGAUGAUAUAUACAGCCAUAGAUACGUUCUACCUCACAGAUGAUCAACUCCAGAAUUCGCCAUCGAGAAAAGAUAACAUAGAUGAACCCACCGAAACCACGCUCAGAAUCUAUGGCUGCGAUCUCAUUCAAGAAAGCGGAAUUUUGCUGCGAUUACCCCAAGCUGUGAUGGCGACCGCCCAGGUUUUGUUCCAUCGUUUUUAUUGCAAGAAGUCUUUUGCUCGCUUCAAUGUCAAGAAAGUUGCAGCUAGUUGUGUGUGGCUUGCUGCAAAACUGGAGGAAUGCCCAAGGAAAGCUAGACAAGUGAUUAUUGUUUUCCACAGAAUGGAAUGCAGGAGGGAGAAUUUACCCAUUGAGCAUUUGGACCCUUUUUCAAAGAAAUAUUCCGAUUUAAAGAUGGAGUUGAGUAGAACAGAAAGACAUAUAUUGAAAGAGAUGGGUUUCAUUUGUCAUGUUGAACAUCCUCAUAAGUUCAUAUCAAAUUAUCUAGCUACCCUUGAAACACCUCCAGAGUUAAGGCAGGAAGCAUGGAAUCUGGCAAAUGAUAGCUUGCGCACUACCUUAUGUGUUCGGUUUAAGAGUGAGGUAGUGGCUUGUGGGGUAGUAUAUGCUGCUGCUCGUCGGUUUCAAGUACCCCUUCCUGAGAAUCCACCAUGGUGGAGGGCAUUUGAUGCAGAAAAAUCAGGGAUUGAUGAAGUUUGCAAGGUUCUGGCUCACCUCUACAGCCUUCCCAAGGCGCAGUACGUACCAGUAUGCAAGGAUGGUGAUUCAUUUACAUUUUCUAACAAGUCAUGGGAUUCUCAUUCUCAGCCUCUUCCAAAGGAAGUUCCACGUAGUAGCCCACCAGUUAAUAGUGAAACCUCUGUUUCCAAGGCUCCUCCAGCAGUUAAUUCUGAAUCGGGUGCAGUGAAUAAGGUACCUGGUGACAAGCUAAAGGGAUCGAAAAAAAGUGAUGAUGAAUCAAAUAAAAAUGCGACUGCUGAAGGAGAGGCAGGAGAGGAACUGAUGCAGAAAUCCAAGCCUGAGCGUAGAACAGAUGCCAGUGGAGACAGGAGCAAGGAUAGAGAAAGAGAGAGGGACAGGAUAAAGUCUCGAGAUCGUGAUAGGGGCAGGGAUUCUGAUCGAGAAAGAGAUAGAGAGGAGGCUGAGAGGGACAGAGAUAAGUUCAGGGACCGACGCCAUCGUUCCAAGGAUAGAGCAUCAGGAGGAGGGCAUUCGGGAGGGCAUUCAGAUAAAUCAAGACAUCACUCAUCAAGAGGUUCUUAUUCGUCAAGGGAGAAGGAUCGCUAUAGACACCAUUCAUAUGCUUGAACCAGUUUUCAAAGCUUCUUUCGGCUAAACUUGAACAAACUGUACGAUGUCUCGUGUAGCCACUCGACCUGUGCUACUCUCCAACCGAUUUCCAUUAUAAGCAUCAAGAAUUUGCCAAAGUCCCAAAUACCAAAUAUUAUUAUUAUGUAAGUGAGACUACUCAUUCCACAAAACCCUUUUGCUAGAUCAAUAAAGUUUGUACAUCCAUUUGUUUAAAAUCAGCACCACCAACUCUAACAAUGAGAAUAGACAAUGGAAGUUCCGAUACUUUAA